AUGGAAACAUCCUUAAAAAAACGUACUAGAGCAAGAAAAGCUUGUAUUGUUUGUCAUAGGAAAAAAAGAAAGUGCAAUGGUACCUUCCCGUGUUCUAAUUGUCAAAAACUUCGCUAUCAAUGUGAAUAUGCGCCUGAAACGGUAAAAAGUCGCGAGCUUCAGAGUCAGAAUAGUCAGCAGGAAACUGAAAAGAUAGAUAGUCGAGUCCUGGAACCUUACGAUUCGAAAAGCACCACGACAAAGCCCGUCAUUGCGAAUGAAGACUUCUCCUUUCCAAAAAACAGCGAAACAAACAAGAGCUUUAAUCAGGAAGGAAUUAAAAGGCCGGUUUGUUUCGCGGAUAUCAUCGGCGAUAGACUGGGUGUUUCUUCAUCAAAAAAUUACAAACCAUAUGCCUGGAACCUUGGCAGUCGUGCUUAUCCGAAAUGGAGUAAACGAACAAGCAUAACAAAAUAUUUCUCUCAAGAUCAGUGCCGUUUUUAUGCUUCUAUAUAUUUCGAGGACGUUAAUCCCAUAUUUGGAUUAUUGGAUUCUACUACUUUUUUUCCAAAACUGAAAUCUGUUUGGAACACAAAUAUGGAAGAAGAAUUUGAAGCUUUGAUAUGUAUUGUUGUUUUACUGGGCUCUUAUUUUUCCCACACUAAUUCCUUGGCUAGUGAGCUCGAAUUUUCACUUAUAGAGCUCUCCGAAAACCUACUGAAACCAGAAACUUUUCCGAUGGGAAUGAACCCAACAAUAACAAAAAUCGUUACAUGGAUGUUAAAAAGCGUGUACUUACGAAAUAUCGCUGACCCAGCUGAUGCUUGGUUAGCAUCUUGUACUUCAAUGCAUCUUAUAGAAACUUUAUGCAUAAAAUUUGAUUUAUUCGAAAAUCAGGAAAACAGUUAUGAGGGUAACCUUUUCAAUAACGACUUUUUGUCUUUAAGCAAUAUAAUUAUGAUUUCAGAGGCUUUUCAUAGAGUUCUAGCUAUGGAGAUUGAAGCUGCUCCCGUAAAGCUUUCGAGAUUGAAAAGCAGAUUCCUUGUCGAUGGAGAAAAUUUACAGAGUCAAUCGAACCAUCUUGUCCAGUUGGCUAAGGUUUUACCUGAGCCUGAAGAAACAAAUGAAGAGUCCCAGGUAACUAUGGUGGAAACAGUGCAAAAAAUUUCAGGAUUCUCACAGGAACAGCCUAACGUAAUAGCACUAUUAAAAGCGGCUGUUUCUUUUCAUAUGUAUAGAAAACUGAUUCUCACCAGUUUCCAUUUGGAUGGAACUACAAGUGGUACAAUCUUGAAGAUAACUGAUGAAGCACUAGAUAGAUGUCUGAUUUUAUGUGAUAAAGGAUUAGGUUGGUGGAACGUUUUAGACGUACCUUUUCAUGGAAUCUGUGUUCUUUUGUCAAUGGAUACGAAAGAAAGUUUACUCUUGAUACCGAAGGCAUACGGUGUACUGAAAACAGUUGUCAAGACUUUCAAUACUAUUCCUUCGCAAAGUGCUUUACAGGUAUCAUCCGAGUUGUGUUAUGCAUUACGAAAUAAGAAACUGGGUGAGGCAAAUAUUUUGGAUAUGGAGGAAGACGAAGGUAGUACCCGUUCUUAUGAUAUAAAUCCUGGAACGUCUGACUUACUUGUGGGAAAUCCAUUUUUUGAUUUAUUAGAUUUAGAAGACAUGAAUUAUUUCGUUUAA